GCGUUGGCCGCGGCUCCGCUGAGGCGCCCGGCUAAGGAUAUGAACUUGGCAGAUGUGGCCAUUGCCUUCUCCCAAGAGGAGUGGAGGCUCCUUGUUGAGGCUCAGAGACUUCUGUACUGUGAAGUAAUGCUGCAAGUCUUUGCCCUUGUAGCAUCUAUGGAGGGAGCAGUAUGCCCGCGGAGGUCCCCGAGGCAGCCUCCGCGGAGGAACAGAAGGAAAUGGAAGAUAAAGUGACUAAUCCAGAGAAAGCCGAAGAAGCAAAAUUAAAAGCAAGGUAUCCUCAUCUGGGACAAAAGCCUGGAGGUUCAGAUUUCUUAAGGAAACGAUUACAGAAAGGGCAAAAAUAUUUUGAUUCUAGGGAUCACAACAUGGCUAAAGCAAAAAUGAAGAACAAGCAACUUCCUACUGCAGCUCCGGAUAAGACAGAGGUCACUGGUGAUCACAUUCCCACUCCACAGGACCUUCCUCAACGGAAGCCAUCCUUGUUGCUAGCAAGCUGGCUGGCUGAUUAAAAGAGCUGAACUGCAUGCAUCUUCUAAUUCCCAUUGUUUUUCCUUAAUAUGUUACUUCCCUGCUUAUUUCUUUUUAUUCACUAAGUCAUUUGAGAGUGACAGCUUUGCAGGUAGUGGUAGUGUGUGCUGCUAUUGUAAGGGAAGAUACAUGUGUAGAGGUUUUGAUUAGCUUAACAGUGCACUGAUGGAGAGAACAUGUUAGAGCAACAUGAAGUAAUCUACUUGAAAAUAAUUGUAUAUAUUACCUAACUCCUAGUGUAGGACUGGUCAUAACAAACUACCAAGCAAGUUUUACAAUUUUAAUGUUUUGGCUUUCUUUAAUUCAUCCUAAUUAGCUUUGUGUGUUACUCUUAUUUAAUUAACCUUUACUGUAUUGAUUUCUUCUGUAUCUUCCUUUUGGAUUUUAUAAAACAGAAGUUUAAGACCACAAGUUGGAAGAAAGGUCACAUAUUUCAAACACCAAUAGAUGGGGCUCCAAAAGAUUUGUAUUUCUGUGCUUGAACUUGAAUGGCCUUAAACCUGAUUCAGCUUUAACAAUAGAAGUUUACUUGGGCAAUAUUUGCCCAUUCUGGUGUAACUUAUGUGACCCUAGUGCUUAACAGCUGCCAUUGAAGCUAAUGUUCUCAUUCAGUUAUAUAGUUACAAUACCUUUUGUUGUUAAAGAUAUGAAUGAAGUAUGCAUGUGCAUCGACUGUUGAAUUCACUUUUGUGCCAUUUUUGUAAAUACAGUAGUUUUGCACAACCUCUCCCAAAUGUCUGUAUUAAUUUCACAUAUUAAAAAAUAGAUGAUGUGCCAACCAGAAGCACAAAAGUUCCUACACAAAACUCUGUAUGCCAUUAGAGCUUUUGUAAAGUGAGAGUAGUUUACAGUUGUGGGCUUAUAGAAUACCAAACUGAAAUCUUUCCUCAGUCUGCCGUAAACUUAAGCUUUUUCAUUUGUUACCAAUAUCCAUGACAUUCAGUGGCCUUGUGCAAAUACAAUAUGUUGCUUAGGCAUAUCUUUUGUCCUAUGCAGAACAUUUCAUUUUGACUUUUAUGAAAAAUUGCAAUUCAUGUAAUUUAUAUAAACUUUUUAAAUGUAGAAACUUUUUACUUCCACAAUUUUGGGGACACUAGAAUAAAAGGCUUCAAUACUCUG